GGCAUACCCAGCGGCACAAUGCAACCCCAUGUGCUGGACAUCCUCGUGGAAAGAGUCAAAGGCUACUCACAGGAACAAAUUACUCGACUGUACCGAACCCUUCUUGCCCUACAUGAAGAACAUCUAGCCCUGAAUGCCGACAAUAUCACCAAAGCCUAUCUCCGAAUCUGUAGCGAAGAUGGGUUUCAAGGCGAUGGCGAGGACGAUACUUGUGGGAUGUGGAUCAGAUGCCUCAUACUUAUGGACAAUCACAUCCCACCACAUAAGAAAUUCUUCGAGGUCCUCGAAAAGGCACAUAUACAAUUAGUUACCGACGAUUCCGAGGCCGACGAGACGGAGGCAGAGAAGAGCCAUGACAAUGCGGAUAAUCAUGAAAAAAGAGAAGGGGACACUAUUGAAUCUGUCGAUGAGCAAGAUCCACGUUGGCUGCAGGCAGUUGCGCUUGACCAUUUUCGACUCAAAAGCCAGGCACUUUCAUUGUGGAGGGAGACGAUCAAACAGCCAUUUGUUGAUGCACAUAUUGAAGAACCGCGUGGCAUCGUCGACAGAGGCAAUGGAAAGGUUGAGGAAGGGUACGACGAUGAGCAAAUUGCCGAGCUUGAAGCGGUGGCGGAUGAAUUUAGAGACAGAACUUUGAAGCAAAAAGCACUGUCUCAUUGGAGAGUUGUGACCGCAGAAUAUCAAGAGCAAGAGAGAAAAGCCGACAGUUUUCGAAGGAAGAAGGAUACCGAGAACGUGCUAGGCAAGUGGGUUCUGGCUGAGCGUGAGGUCGUUCUUGUGCAGGUGAGGAUGGCAAACGCAGGCAAGAAAGCUCUUGAUUCUUGGCGCCGGCAAACAAGGGAACUCCAACAACAAGAGAGAAUGGCUGAUGUGGCCGCUGAGUACUUCGCGGGCAAGCAUGUAUUUCAUGUCAUGCGUGAAAAAGCACUGGAGCGACUAGAGCAACAGUGCGAGGAAGAAGAGUUCAACAGAACUCGGCAAAGGUAUCUCGCCCAGAAAUAUACUUCUAUAUGGCUUGAUCGGGUGGAGCAACGAGCCAAGCAAGGCCAGUACCAAUCAGCCUACAAGACGAUGAGGAGAAAGGUGAAGAUGAACCUUGCUCGUGAUGCUCUGAGAACCUGGCAUUCGCAAACGAUGGAGGAGAAAGUGAAAUUGGGAGAGCUGGAAAGAAUAGCCGAUGAAUUCCGCCAACGAAAAGACCGUGAAGCUGCACAGCGUGUAGCUCUUGGUGCGAUUCAGACCAUGUAUGAGCAGGGUAUGGAUGGGAAGCGACUCGAGCAACAUGCGGACAACCAUUACCUCCGUACCCUCACCAAUAGGUUCGGGCUCUGGGACUCCAAGUGGCGAACACCUGCAAUGGAUUACAAAGAACAUGAGAGCACUGCCGAUAAAUAUCGAGAACUCAAAGAUCUCGAGUUUGCUGGAAAUAAACUUCGAAACUGGAAGACUCAAGCUUGGAGACACCAACGAAUGGAGCAGGAUGCGGAUGUUCUGCGUCAACGACAUGACAAGAGAAGAGCUACCGGCAUUUUCCAACGUUGGAGACAAGCAGCUACUGAUCAUCGAAAUAAUGUUGAGGCUAGAGAAGAUCGGGAGCGUUUGGUGCCUGCAACACCUGCGGCUCGAAGGACCCUAUUAGUCGCAGCAUCCACCACGCCAGCCUACACACCCGCUCCUGGUCUGUUGAGUGCAGGUUAUAUUGAAGAGGAAACCGAAGGCGAUGGUGAAGGCGAGUCUGACUACGAUGAAUGAUGGUUGUGAACGAACUGUACGACUAUUUUGUGUCGGGAAGUGCUUCUGACUAUGAUGGAUGAUGAGUUUAUGACUAGGAAAUGAUACCCCCUGAAUGAAGUAUAUAGUGUGUAUGAUAGAGAUAUUCUUG